AUGACACUCUUAGAUCAAAACAAAGGCAUCGAAAGGGGGCGGGAAAUCUCGGAGCGAGAUGAUAUCGAAGCGCGUCUCGCUUCCCUGUCCAGCCACGGUACAGGGACUUCGCAGUACAUCACCAGACUUCCCGUAUUUCUCGGUCAACAUGGAGACAAGCUUCCUGAAGACGAACGUGCUAUACUCUGGUGGCGGGACGUUUACUUCGAGGUCCCUCUCAAGAUUGGCAAGAAGGUGUCCAAAACGGAUAUAGAGUCGGCUUCGCCAACCAAAAAGGUACUGCUUAACAACGUUGGCGGUGUGGUGCGCCCCGGCGAAGUGCUUUUCGUCAUGGGACCGAGUGGAAGCGGAAAAACUACCCUUUUAUCUGCAUUGUCUGACAGAAUAGAGCACCAGGUUGGCCUCCAGACUCCGGUUUAUGUCAACGACAUACCCCGUGAGCAAACCAACUGGCGUCAGAUUCACGCCUUUGUCGAGCAGGAAGAUGCACUGUAUGGUUCACUGACAGUUCGCGAAUCGCUUCGUUACGCAGCAACCUUGCAGCUGGGUCCAAGUGUGUCCAAGUCUGAACUCGAAGACCGCGUUGACCAGAUGCUGCGUACACUCGGUUUAGAGGAUGCGCAGAAUACGUUGGUGGGCUCGCCUUUUUUCCGAGGUAUCUCUGGUGGCCAAAAGCGGCGCCUGUCAAUCGGUGUAGAGAUUCUUCGCCUGCCCAGCAUCCUUUUUCUCGAUGAACCGACCUCUGGCCUCGAUUCAGCCGCCGCCUUUCAUCUCAUGGUCUCGAUUCGGAACCUCGCUGCCAUGGGCGUAACCAUUGUUGCCACGAUCCACCAGCCGGCUGCCCGAGUUCUGGCACUGAGCGAUAAGCUCAUGCUCCUUUCUCGAGGGCGCACUGUAUACUUUGGGCCAACCAGCCAUGCUGUGAAGUAUUUCGAGAAAAUUGGGUAUCCACUUCCAAACCUUGAGAAUCCAGCCGACUUUUUCUUGGACUGUAUCAAUUCAGACUUUGCGAGCGAGGAGCAAGUGGAAAAGAUUAGCAACGCGUGGACACAGUCGGAAGAGAAGAAGGUUCUCGAUGCGGAACUUGAGAAACUGCGCGCAACGACGCAGACUGAGCAGCAGAGCCAGAGUAUUGAGGUGAAGCCAGUGCCUCGCUGGCAUCAGGUGCAAGUGCUUACCCGCCGGAACGCCCUCAACUACCGACGUAACCCCGCUGCCGUCCUGCUGCGUAUGGCGAUGUAUGUGGCUCUGUCUAUAUUCGUUGGCCUCGUGUACCUGCGGCUGGGCAAAAGCCAGCUUCGAGAUAUCGUGAGCGUCUUGUUUUUCGUUGCGGCUUUUCUGACUUUCAUGUCUGUCAGCACCGUCGUGAUGUUCAUCGAAGAGCGCCUUGUGUUCUUGCGCGAGCGCGGAAACGGCCUCUAUAGCGUGGAUUCUUGGAUGAUCGCAAACACCCUCGUCUCCAUUCCUGCGGUUUUCCUCAUCUCGCUCGUGAACUCGUCCAUCGUAUACUGGAUGGUGGGACUCACGCCAACAGCCGGCCGUUUCUUCUUCUUCAUCUGGAAUUUAUUCCUAGCGCUUGCGGUUGCAGAGGCGCUCAUGAUGCUCAUCAGCAUCCUCGUGCCGAUCGCGAUCCUGGCAAUCGCGCUGGGAGCUGCUGUCUACGGUGCCUAUAUGUUGACCUGUGGGUUUUUCGCGACUUUCAAUAAGAUCGGCUGGUGGGUCCGCUGGAUUGGUUACAUCUCAUUACACACCUACGGGUUUGGAAGUUUCAUGGCAAAUAAUUUCGGCUCUCAAACGGGCUUCUCAGAGAACGUUGUCGGGGAUACGAUUCAGUUGAAUGGCGCACAGGUACUUGAAUUCUAUGACGUCAAGUUCAAGAAUAUCUGGAUGAACUCGGGCAUACUCAUCGCAAUGAUCGCAUUCUACCGUCUGUGCAGCUACGUCGUGCUCCAAUUCUUCGUCUCUGGGCGCAAGUGA